AAUGCAUGGUUUUAUGAAACAAAUCAUGACUUGUGCAUGCGAGUUGGCAUUCUCACCGCUCCCGCACGUAGGCCAUUUUAAAAAAACAUAUUGUCUAAAUUUUCACUUGAGUUUUUAACUGUCAUUUAAUUCUUCAUCGGGCAGCAAGCAGGCAUCAACCAAUUAAAACGACACCAUUUUUUCAGCGUUCUGUAUGUAUAUAUACUUCGUAUGUAUAUAAUAAUAACAAAAAAGAUAGUGUUCCCAUUUGGCGAGAGGAAGGAAAUCUGCGAAAUGGAUACUCUUCUUACCACGUUCCCUCACCCUUUCCCCCCUUCUUCUUCGUUUUCUUCUUCUGCAGUGCAGGUUCAAUUCGCAGUUGUUUUACAUCCAGCUCUUCAGCCCCGCGAUUGGUUCUCUGUCAUGAAACUCAGUCCAACCAGAAGUACUGCUCAACUCAGUCCACUGCUAGCCCAACUGGGUUCUAAUUCCUCCGGUGAUCUGGUCGCUCAACACAGUACAAAUUCUCCUUCCAAUCUCGUCUCCGUCUCCGAAAAGGGAACAUUCUUGUUGCUGACCCAUGAACUUGGACUCGACGAGAGCGAGGCCCAACUACUCCUAAACACCAACGCAUCCUUAAGAUUCACUUCUUUUGAAUCCUUGCGCAUUCGAACAGAUUCUCUGCUGUCACUGGGUAUCAAUGGCCUCGCGCUGGGUCGCUUGGUUGCGAAACGCCCGGAUGUGUUGAUAGCUGAGGAAAUCAAUCCGUUGCUACGAUUUAUUCGGGAUGAUUUGGAAGGAAAAAUCGAAGCGUUGCAGCUACAGCGACUGUUGACUGCAACUGAUCCCAGAUUCUUGGUGGGUUUUGAGGAUAAGGUUAGGCUUCUUCUUCAUCACGGAGUUCCAAGAGAAAAGCUUGUUCGUGUUCUCAACAAUGUCAGUUUGACCAAAGCCAUAUGUCUCAAGCCGGCUGAAGAAAUUGAAAGAACAAUGGCUUUCUUGAGCCGUUUUGGUGGGACUGAUCUAAUUGUUCGCCGGCCAGCCAUUCUGAACUAUGAUCUAGACAGACAAUUAAUUCCCAGAAUCAGGUUCCUAAUGGAACUGAGUGGGGGAGAUGAGGAUGCAACUGCAGCUGUGGUGCGUAGGCUUCCGGCGGUACUGAGUUAUAGUGUGGAGCAUUUGGGAAGCCAUGUGGAGUUCUUUAGAUCGUUCGCUGGACUCACCGAGGAGGAGAUUUUCAGGAUUCUGCUCGUGUUCCCAAACUUGAUGAGUGCUAGCAAGGAGCGGAAGUUGCAUCCCAGGAUUGAUUUUCUCAAGCAAUGUGGACUGGAUUCCACUGGUAUCUUCAAGUUCUUGUCCAAAGCGCCUUUGUUUCUAGGCCUGUCCUUUGAGGGGAACCUUGCAUAUAAACUGAAUUUCUUGGUGAAGAUUGGGUAUGCAUAUAGAACCAAGGAUAUGACUGUGGCAAUGUGGGCUAUGACGAGGACGAGCUGUGAGAAUUUGCAGAAGGUGAUUGGGGUGUUCUUGAGCUAUGGAUUGUCUUGUGAGGAUAUUUUUAUCAUGAGCAAGAAGCAUCCUCAAAUAUUGCAGUAUAAUCACAGUUCUUUGGAAGAGAAGAUGGAAUACUUGAUAGAGGACAUGGGUCGUGAGGUUGGGGAACUGUUGGUUUUCCCAGCAUUUCUUGGUUACAAGCUUGAUGACAGGAUCAAGCGUAGGUAUGAAGAAAGGAAGAAGAUUGUAGGGGAAGGAAUGUCCCUUAACAAGUUAUUGAGUGUGUCAACUGAGAGAUUCAUCGAGGAGGAGAAGAAGAAGCAGAAGGCGGCUCUACCUGUCUAAUUAACAGUUUUUAUUAAAGUGAGUUUAGAUAGAUUGAACAAAAUAACGUUCCUUUUUUUUCCCUCUCCCAUAAGCAGUUGGAUUAACUUCGGCCCCUUCUCACUCCAUUACAUUGUUCAAUGCUUGCUUGGAGCUUUCACCCCAUCCAAUUGUUGCACACAGAAUUGUUGCGUUCUCUCUACCAACUGCUGCAGAAAUUGGGGAUGAAAAUUGCAUUUAGCUUAUUGUGAGAACUCUUAACUUUAUUCCAGAAUAUCGAAGCGCUAAAUAUAUUUUUGAAGUAAUUCUACAGAA